GCACCGACUCCUUUGGGUGUGCUUCCAGUUGUCGGACUGCCGGGAGUGCCGUUUGCAUUUGCGUUGCGGCAGAAGCCUUGGAGCGUGGAGAGGAAUUGGGCCUACCCACGCAGCUUCAGGCAGGUGGCUGCAGUUCUACAGAACCAGGCCAGCCUUGGGUUGGUUCCUGUGGAGUUGUGGGUGGAGCACAUUCUGCCCUGGUGCCCAAGGUGGUGGUUUGAUGUGCCUGGCAAGAGGGCACAUGGGAAAUCAGGCACACUGGCCUUGCUGGCGGCAGCGAGCAGAAGCAUGUCGAAGGCCUUUUUCAACUCGAGCACUUGCAGCACGCGCAGUGGCAGCAGCUUCGACGAGGCGGAGGCACCCUUCAGUGGCGACGAGGUGAAUGUCACAGCUGACGAAGUUCCCCUGGUCCAACCCCGACGGCAGCACCGGGGCUUAUGCCUUGCGGCGCAACGUGCAGU